GCAACACAGUCCGAAUCAUCCUCUUCUUUAUCUCUCCGCACACACUUAUUUCGUAUCUGUUCUUCCCUUCUCAUUUUAUCAAUUCUUUGCAUCAUCUCCUUCUCCUCACAUUUUCUACACAAAAGGGAAAUAUAUCUCUGCAAUUUGAAAUUAGGGUUAGGGUUUUCGCCCAAAAAAGGAAGGGGGAAGAAGGAAGCUGGACAAGAACAACCGUUCCUUUAUGAUACAAAAGGUUUCUCAGAUCGUCUUCUUCAUCAUCGCGUUAUUAAUUUUGGUGGCGCAAUCCUCUGCGGCGUUCCACGGUAGCAAAAACAGCAUCAUGAAGGUUCAUCCUGUUCCGCGAAAACGCAACAUCUCAAUCCAGUUCGGCGUAGACGGAGGGAACACCAUGUCAGAGGCGCAGGCGCUGUUGGGGAUCGCCGGCAAGAAGCUCCGGAGACUCCCGCACGUGUUCAGCUGCGUCCUGGAGCUCCCGUUCCGCUCCGACGCCGACGUGGUGGUGGAGGAGGACCCUGACUGCUUCCGCUUCGUGGCGGAGACCGACGGUAUCGUCGACGUGAGGGCGCACACGGUGGAAAUCCACCCUGGCGUGACGAAGAUCGUGGUGAGGGACGGAGGCUCGGUGGAGCUCUCGCUCGACCAGCUCGAACUCGAUAUGUGGAGGUUCCGGUUACCGGAAUCGACGCGGCCGGAGCUUGCGAGCGCUGUCUUCGUCGACGGAGAGCUCAUCGUGACGGUGCCGAAGGGGCACGGAGAGGAAGAUGGGGAUGGUGAUAGAGGUAUGGGUCGUGGUAGACUUGUGCUUGUACAGUAAUGGAUGAGUGAGUGAGUGAGCUGUGGCAUUAGAGACAUGUUCUUUGGGAAUAUGUGCAGAUUUGUAAAGUACAGGGGUUGAGGAUAUAUAGCUGCAAUUUUCUGCAUGUGGUGGGGUUGGCUUCAUAUAUGUUAAUGAUACAUUGCAUAUUGAAUGAAUUAGUCUGUUCAGCUUACAUAAUGUGAGACGAGAAAGGCCAUCUUUUCAAAUCUCUUGAAUGUUUUGUUGGCAUUUGAACAAACUAGGCCAAUUCUUUGUAUACUUGCCUUUGAAUCUCAUCUCUUCUGCUGAAGUAUUAAAGUGUGCCCACUUUUUAAUGUUAAAAGUACAUUGGAAUCACGAGCUUU